AUGCCAGUGAAAUGUUGUUUCUACAGGUCACCAGCCACAGAAGCCCUGGCCUGGUCUGAGAAUAUGGAUACACUUUUAGCCAAUGAAGCAGGUUUAGAUGCUUUUCGAAAAUUUCUACAAUCUGAGUUUAGUGAAGAAAAUGUUGAGUUCUGGCUUGCCUGUGAAGACUUCAAGAAAACGGAAAAUGUGGAAAAGAUUGCUUCUAAAGCCAAGAUGAUUUACACAGAAUUCAUUGAAGCAGACGCACCUAAAGAGAUUAACAUUGACUUCAGUACCAGGGACCUCAUUUCAAAGAACAUUGCCGAACCAACUCUCAAAUGCUUCGAUGAGGCUCAGAAAUUAAUCUACAGUCUCAUGGCCAAGGAUUCUUACCCUCGAUUUCUAAAGUCAGAGAUUUAUAAAAAAUUGGUAAAUAGCCAACAGGUUACAAAUCAUAAAAAAUGGCUCCCUUUCUUGUGA